UACUUUUACUUUUAUGAAUACAUAAUUAGUUAUUAAAAUAUUAACUUGAUAAAUUCUUACAGCAAUCAUUUUCAUCAUCUAUUAGUCUCCCCAUUUUCUGUGCGUCUCAUGGAAGCUUGAAACAUUAGCAGACAGAAAAAUUCUCUGUUUUAGUAUUUCUAGCACAUUUGCACUUGAAACCAUCAACAGAGUUGUUGAACGACUUUAGCCGUCUCAGACUGAUAAUAUCCACUGGAGCUCUCCUUCAAUGAACUACUGGUAUUGCUCAAUCAUAACCCAUUUAUGUUUCUACUUAAUAUUUAAUUCUACUAUCUGUGAAUCCAACAAUAUUUCUUCGAACACUUGCUUGGAUAAACUUGUGCUGAAUUGCGGAUCUUCCGGAUCUUCAUCUUUCAACGGAAAGUAUUGGAUUGGUGAUGUAGGCUCAAAGUUCAUUCCUGCAGAUUCUGACAGAACAACUAUUUCUGCUGCUUCAACUCCAAUUAACGAAAAAGUGCCCCAGAUCCCAUACUUAACUGCACGCCUCUGUCGUUUUCGAUUUGCCUAUGCAUUCCCUUUCUCUCCUGGGUACAAAUUCAUCCGCCUUCACUUCUAUCCGGCUUCUUAUUCUGGCCUUGACCGCAAUUCUAAGGCCUCUUUCUCGGUGGUCUCUGGCAAGUACACUCUCCUGAACAACUUUAGCCCUUCUCCAGUGGCUAGUACUUCAAAAUUAGCUUAUUUCACUAAAGAAUUCGUUGUUAACUUGAAGGAGAACCUAUUGAACAUCACUUUUAUCCCAUCUCCUAAAGCUUAUGCUUUUGUCAAUGGAUUAGAAAUUUACAACCUUCCCUCCAAUUUCUACAAUUAUUCUGCUCACAAUGAUCCUGCCUUUGAGAUGCUACACAGAGUGAAUGUCGGGGGAAGUGAGUUCAUUGAAAGUAUUUGGCCGGACGACUCCAGCUACAUUUUGGGCUUCAUGAGUGGUCAGGUCAUUCAUACGCUUGAAGAUACACAGGACUCAUGGAACAUGUCAGAGUAUGCUGUCCCUACACUCCUAUAUGCAUCAGCCAGGACAAUGGACGUCGAUGACGCUAUUAGUAUGACCUACAACCUAACUUGGACAUUCUUUAUUGAUUCGGGUUUCAAAUAUCUUGUCAGGCUUCAUUUUUGUGAGAUCUCUUACGAGGUAACGGGGGUGAAUCAGAGAGUUUUCACAGUUUAUAUUAACAAUAGGACGGUAGAGAAUAGUUUGGAUGUAGUUGCUUUGGCUGGAGCACCAUUAGUUGCAAUUUACAGAGAUUAUAUUGUUAUGGUUCCACAAGGAACAGGAGAGAAGCAGGAUUUGUGGCUAGCUUUGCACCCCAACACAGAAUCAAAACCCAUGUUCAAGAAUGCAAUUCUAAAUGGUGUUGAGAUUAUGAAAUUUAGUGACGCGAAUAACAAUCUUGCACCUUAUUUUCAACCAGAAAUUGGAAUAAGAAAGAAGAAGAUUCUACUUAUUGUUAUUCUUGGAGGCAUUUUAGGCUGUCUCGGUGGGAGUUUUAUUUGUUGCUACUUUGUAUACCGGUGUACAAAAAGGAAAUCUUUCUGUUCCAGAGACCAUAGCCAAAGAAACUCAAAAAGGCCAUUGAUAACACAAUCAGGGAACUGCCGUGAGUUCAAAUUGGUCGAUAUGAGAGUAGCCACCAACAAUUUCAGUGAAGCUCUAGUGAUUGGUGUGGGUGGUUUUGGGAAGGUUUACAAGGGUCUGAUAGAUGGAGGAACCAUCCAAGUAGCCGUCAAGCGCAAACAUUCAGCCUCCCAUCAAGGAUUUCAAGAGUUUCUAACUGAGAUUAAUUUGUUGUCAGCAUUUCGUCACACAAACCUUGUAUCCCUUCUUGGCUUCUGCCAGGAGGACAACGAACUAAUUCUAGUCUAUGAUUACAUGUCCCAUGGCACUCUCCGUGAUUAUCUCUACAAGAAAGACAAUUCACCAUUAUCGUGGAAUCAAAGGCUCAAGAUUUGCAUAGGUGCUGCCCGAGGAUUGCACUAUCUUCACACUGGAACAAAGCAUUCAAUCAUUCAUAGAGACAUCAAGUCCACCAACAUAUUGUUGGAUGAUGAAUGGGUGGCUAAGGUCUCAGAUUUUGGACUGUCGAGAAUAGGCCCGACUACAGCAUCGCGUAGCCAUGUUAAAACUGAGGUGAAGGGUACUUUUGGCUAUCUGGACCCUGUUUAUUAUCGAACUAGAACACUGAGUAAGAAAUCAGAUGUUUACUCUUUCGGUGUGCUGCUGCUAGAAGUGCUUUGUGCAAGACCAGCUAUAGUGGAAGGAGAGGAACAUAAGGUUAGUUUGGCUGAAUGGGCUCUGCAUUAUCAUCAAAGUGGCGCUAUUGAUUUCAUCGUCGAUCCUUUCCUAAGAGGAAAAAUUACUUUUGAGUCUAUGACCAAUUUCGUUGAAAUUGCGGUCAAGUGCUUGGCCGAUCAGCGAGCCCAACGGCCAUUGAUGAGUGAUGUUCUUUACGGUCUGGAGCUGUCAUUGCAAUUACAGGAGAGAGCUGAUGCUGACAAGGAAGUAUAGUAUUACUAAAUGAGUGGUGCAUAAUCAUUCAGAAUAGAUUUGAAAAAUACCGAGUUCCGCGGGUCAAUUGUAAAGUCUUUGGAAAUGGCUAUUACAUUGAACAUCCUUUUUCUUCAGAUUGUUCGAUGAUAUGGGAACUGUAGUUUCAUGAUUUCCAAUGGAAAUUCUUGAUUAGAGGAGCAUGAUGAAUCCAAAGCAAAAGAAAAAUUACAUGGUUUCUUAAGAUUUAGCGUCAUAAUUUGUUUACAAGGUCCAUAUUUCAGUUUAAGGAAGACUUCAGAUUGCUCACUCUUCCUAUUUGUACAUAUAUAAACUCUUUUUAUUCUUGCUGAUACUUUAAUCUAAUGAAGUUGCUUUGAUUUCAAAGAAAA